UGUGUUCCUUCACUUUCCUACAGGAACCCCAGCUCCCAGCUGCAUCUGUCCUUGCUCCGGUGCAACAUGGGCGACCUCGGGACCAGACACCGGGCCCUGGUCCUGGUUCACAUGCUUCUGCUGCAGCUUCAGUCCGUAACGGUUCAGGGAGCUGAUCCUGUGUCUCAGAAACUACGACGACUCAACGAACAGUUUCAUCAGUUCCAGGCUUUGACCCAGGCUCGUUUGGACUUGUUGGUACUGAACCAGAGCAGGAACUCCACGCAGGGGUUGGAGAGUCGCAUCAAGGCCCUAAACGAACAUUACCACCGUGUGUCACAGGACCUUGAACACCUGAAGCACGGCACUACACAGGAGGUAGAAGGACUCAGAAAGUGGAGUACGAAGCUCGACAAGAAGAACAAGCGGAUGGAGAGUCGAUUGGCCUUCAUGGAGAGAAGCCUGAGGGAUGACUGUCACCAGAAACUGAAGUCUGAUUAUAGUCAAGACUUCUCCAACUUCACCCUGGAGCUCCAAAGCCAAGAAGAGAAGCUCGGUGCCCUUCAAGUCCAGCGUGAUGAGCUACUCAUUGGACUGAAAGGGUUGCAGGAAUCCCUGAAAAACCAGGCACUACGCGUAGCCCGACUGGAAGGCCGACUCAGUGAGGUCCUGCUCCAGUGGAAUGGAAGGGGAAAGGUCAGAGGGUCAGGGAGGGCAGGACUUCCUGUCAGGUCCUACGUCUCACCUCAGGAAUACUAUGAACCAGGAAGGAGAAGUCAGACAGAAAGAGGAGGGAGGCCUGAAAGUAUUCUGGACGGACAACCGAAACCAGAAGGUACCGGCCAAAUCCAGACUGAUGUUCACUCACCGGCCAAGCAGCAUCAACACCUCGCAACAAACCAGCCGAAACAUUCAAAAGCCCAGAGGCCAAGACAUCAGACUGAAGUUCAGUAUCCAAAUCCAAAACCGCAUUCUGACAAGUUCCAUCCCCAGUCACAGAUCCAGACUCGGGCUCAGACUCGGGCGUAUUCGAUGAAGCAGCCUCAUCACAUUGUGCCUCAUCAUGAAGCCCAGGUCCAGAAACCAUCACGACCUCAUUCAUACCACCACAAACAACCCCAUGUACAAGACCAUGGACAGCCCUCUUGGACCGAGGUUCUUCACCAUCCUGAACCCAACGAACACCUACAAAACUGGACCAGACUAGAAGAUCCACAUCCCCGUUCUUCACAUGUUCUCUCUAUCCCCAAACCUGAGUUGUAUCAGCCCCUUUCAGGCCAGUGGGAUGAAAGAGAGGAGGACAAACGUGACACAAAGAUAGAGACUUCAGUGAUCCACAACUUCCUGCAAAUUCCUGUGAGGCACAAGAUCCCAGCACAGCCAAUCCCUAAGAAGGAUGCAACCAUCUGCAACGUGGACUCGGUGCUCUUGUUCCCUUCGGCCUCUGCUGAGAACUACGUCACCUUUUCACUGAGUCUCCCAGACCUUCCCGAACUUUCUAUCUGCCUGUGGCUCCAUGUGGAGGCUGCACAUGUUGGCACACUGCUCUCCUACGCCACAGACGAUAAUGACAAUCAGUUAGUUCUUUAUGGACGCAGCUCCUCAGCCUCAUCCACACCCGUCUCUGUUUCCUCUUCUCCAUCCUCACCUUUUUCCUCGCUGGACUUUGUCAUCGGAGACCCCGUCUAUCGUCGCCUCCCCGUGUCGUCGUUUCUGCAUGCUCGCUGGCACCACAUUUGUGUCCUCUGGUCGUCCAUUCAGGGCCGAUUCUGGCACUACAACGACCGCCGCCUCACCUCCUCAGGCUCCAACUUCAGGAAGGGCUGGGAGAUUCCCGGAGGUGGAUCUGUGGUGCUGGGACAGGAGCAGGACUCUGUUGGCGGGGGGUUUGAUCCAGCAGAGGGUUUUGUCGGGAAAAUGGCAGGGUUCAGGGUGUGGAACCGGGUGCUGAGCCCUGCAGAGGUGGAAGGGGUGGCAGAAGGGAGAGGAGUGCCCAGAGGGGUGGUGCUCGACAUGGAGGAUAUAAAGGAAGUGCAUGGGGAGGUGCAGCAGGUGGCCUGUGAAUGCUUAGAGCGUUGCGUCUGAGGGAGUGAUGGAGGAAGAUUCCUGCUCGAGGCCAAACAUUUUUUCUUUUACACUUUUUUUAAAAAUUUUUUUUAAAUUUUCUAUGUCCUUGGAUGCACACACACUACUACAUUUUUUGUUGGACUUAGAAAUACAGACAAAUAUCUUUACUCACAAAGUAAAAAAACUCAAAACAGGACAGUGUCUCACUCAUUGACACUUUAGCAGAGUCAAACCUUUGGCAACAACAAUUGGAUGCUACAGACCACAUAAGCUAUGUAGGAAUAACCUGAGUUUAAUACACCAGUCAAAUUACCCUAAACUUUAAUGCUUCACUUCCACUUGCCUUAUAUUCUGGAGCAAGAACCUAAAAUAACACACCCAAAUUAAAAUGACUGAAGCUUCUAAACUACUACAACUGCAUGAAUAAAUGAGAAAUGUGUCAGAAAAUCUGAAUGUUAUGCAGGAACAGAGCAGUGGGCCCUUAAGGUCAUUCAAAGUGGGACAUUUGUGUCUACCUCAAGUAAAAAAUUAUUAUUCGGUAUAAUUUAGAGGCAUCAAAUUGUCAUUGAGAGUUUACAAAGUGUGUUUUUUAGUUUCUCUCCUCUUAAAAUACAUCAGACAUAAAGGAAAUCUAUAUUAUUUUUGCAGAACCAAAGACUUCUUGAAUCCUGUGACCAGCAAAUAUGUCAGUCUUUUUUAAUCCAGAUAAGAAAAGAUAGUUCAUUAUUCAUUCUGAUGGAAAUGAAUUUGCCAGAUGUUACUAAAAAAGAAUACAACUGUAUGAAUAACAAUAAAAAUAAGAUACAUUUAUGAGGACUAAAAAAAACUUUUAGAGAAGUAGAAAAGUAACAUUGUGCAUGAUGUGUGGAACCUGAAAAGGGGAAGAGUAGGGGACUGAGGAUGCAGGCGUCCUUUGAGAGUUUUUGACCGCAUGACUGCAACUGUAGGUGUGUUCUAUGGACUGCUGGUAAAAGCUAAUGUUACUUCUUUUUUUUUUAAAUGAAUAAACACUCUGUGAAACUCUGUU